AUGAGCAGGAGCCAAGUCUCGCAGUACGCGCUGAACAUCAGCAUCGAUGAGGGAGGCUUCGAGGACGUCAAGUUCUUCGCCUUCUCGCAGCGCAUGCCCAAGGGUGGCAGGGCGCAUGCUCCGCGUGGGCUCUUCGGGAAUAGCACAUGCAUUCGCAAGGUUGCGCCCCAUUUCGAUGCAGAAAGUGCCGUCGCGGAUAUGGUGGCCGGCUUCCCUGACGGUCGUUGGGAGUCGACUACCACUGAGUAUGUCUACGCAGAGGAUAGUGACCUUGAAGACGUCGAAGACAUGACCGAGGGUGAACCUGCCACUUGCAAAGUACAACACGUUCCAGACGUGUCCGGCACGGAAGUCGGCGCAUUCGUUCAGAAGCCCCCCCAGAAAGAAGACGUACAGGCGGAGAACACUGCCGAAGCCGUUGUCGCCGAAAACACGAGUAUGACGUUCACGCCACACGCGGUUCCAGGCAGGACUGGGCGCGUUAUCUUUCUGAAGGACAUCGCUCAUCGGACGUGGCGAGCCUUCAUUUUCUACACGUACUUCGGGAUCCUCUCGUUCGCACCUCUGCGGUCGGACCCAGUCACUGAGGAGGAGGCCGGUCAUGUCGGACCGUUCAAAGCGCCCCAAUGCUCCCCGAAGUCGAUGUACCGGCUGGCGGACAAAUACGGAGUCCAGGUCGUAAAACAGCAAGCAGCGGCCGACAUCAAUUCCAAGUUGACGCCUAAUAACAUCUUUCAGGAGCUGUUCUCGUCGUUCACGUCCAGUUUUCCCGAGAUCCUUCAGCUCGAGGUCGACUAUCUCUUCGCGAAUCUAGAUCGCGCUCAAAUUAUGAAAGAGCUCCCCAUUUGGAUGGGAUACAUGGCCGAAGGGAGGUUGCCGUCAGAAGCUCCGAAAGCAAUGUCUAUGUUGAUCACGAAGAUGGCCGCGGUGGUGUCGAAACAGCGAAGUUCUUCCGCGACCCCGGUGACCUCGAGUUUAAGUAAUGGCACCGGGAGUGGGCAACUUGCAAAGUCGCUUAAUAGGCAUAGGUAG